CAAAGUUCUGGUGAUACUCAAAUAGUUAAAUGUAACUUUUAUUUGGGGACAAAUGAAGUAUUUUUCUUGUGUGGUACGUGAGAUGUUCAAUGUCAUCUUUGGUAAACCCUUGUUCUGUCUAAGAAUUUGCCCUGUAUUUGGGAAAACAAAUUAAAGAAUGUGUUUUGUUGUAGAAAAAUCGUGUUUUGAAAAUGUACUUUUUGUUUUGAAAUUAAUGUAGUUUCAAAAUAAAGUUUUAAUUGAGUGUUUGGAUAGUUUGUUUGAUAAAAUGGUAUUUGAAAAAUGUUCGAUUAAUGAGUUGUUUGCAUAAGUGUUUUCUACAAAAUGCAAAGCAAAAAUCAAGAAACUGCAACUUCAGUGUUUUGAGUUUUAUCAAAUGCUCCCAAAUGCUUUGACUAGUAGCUACAUACCAAGUGAAGCACCUCUUUUAUUAGGUCAUGUAGUGUUACAAUAGUUUCUAGCUUUACCAAGCUACCUUCUUGAUUUGAUUUUGUAACCACCUCCAAUUUUGUAAAACACAAAAAAUUUGUCUUCGCUACCUGGACAAGGGCAGGGCUGCUGUUGAGUAUGAAAAGAAGAUGCAAAUUAUUAAUCAUGAAAAGAGCCAGAUAAUGGAGAAAAAUAUCAAGUCUAUGAGUAGUGAAAUUGAAAAGUUGCGUACUGAACUAGCCGAUGCGGAGAACAGGGCAAGGGCAGUUGCUGCUCUUGCAACACCAAGCCCAGCAUAUCCAACAGGUUAUGGAGCUCCUGCAAUUGGUUAUGGUGGAAACAUGUAUCCCAACCCCUAUGCUUUACAGCAGGUUCAGCCUAACGCUGCCAGUGGAUAUGGUGGCGGAGUACAUUACAAUCCAUUUCCUUAGUCCUUGUGAUAUGCAGCAACAACCAAACAUUUCAUAGAUGGAUUCUCUGCACUCCAGACAGAAUGGCUUUGGGGUAGCGCAUCGCCACCGCCUUUACAGCAUAGAAGAAGCAGAGUGAAGAGACUACUGUAAUUGUUGCCCCCGCAAGGACGCACACAACAAGUCACAAACAAGCUAAACAAGGAAUGUAAGUAGCAGAUUGAGGAGGCAGCGUUGUUCUUCGUCGUCUUUUUUAUUCACUGCAUAUCCUCGGUGUGCUUUUCUUCUAGUUCACUUCAUGUUGCCGUCUUAACGUACUCUUUUAGGAACAUAAGAAUCAUAUGAAGAUUGUUGUUGUUCAAUUGAUUCUUUAUCCCUAGUCAAAUUCUUUAUAUACACUUUCAUAAAAAAUAAUAUAGUCAUGUCACU